GUACUUUAUGUGAAGGUCGUUAAUUCAAAUACUAUAGUUUCACUUCAUAAUGAUGGCAUUAUUCAAGUUUUUUCCGUGACGCAAAAAAAGGUUACGCAGCAAUAUUCGUUUCUUUCAAUGGUUUUUGAUGACACAUUGCAUAGUGCGGCCAUUAACAGAGAGUGGAUUCUAUGUGCCACCCAAGACCUUAUUUACCUUUUGAAGUGGCAAUUCGUACCGGAUACAUUUGAGAUAGAUGUAACAAAGCCGCCUAUCUUCAAUUGGAAAAUGGAUGCACCUGCUGUAGUUCCAUGGUGUGGUUGUCUUGCUGGUAAGGGACGUUCUGUUUUAAGCAAUUGUUCAUCAACUGGUCCUAUUUGCGUUGUGAAACCUGGUGGUAGCGUCAAAUUUUUGACUGAACCUGGGCAAGAAGGUGUUGAUUCUCUUAGAGGUUUUAAGCUGUUAACUUUGACCGAACAACCUACUUUUAUGGAUGUUGACGAUCGUUUUUUAUUGAUUGGAACAAAGCAAGGAAAAUUGAUACGCUGUGGAUUUGAUGAUACGCAGUUACCUCUUGUAGAAUAA